GCCCGGAGACCGCUCCUUGGCCCCCUUUUCCACUAUAAAGCAUCCCAAUUGGCAUUUCUCACCCCUAGCGAUAAUUAGCGUUGGUCUCAAGCUCUCGUUUCUCAAAAUUCUCUCUGACCUUUUUUCUGUUUUGUUCAAAAUCAAAAUUCUCUGGCAGAUCCCUCUGCGAUUAUCUCCAAAGGGAUCAACAAGUAGGAAAGAGAAAUGGGGCUUACAUUCACGAAGCUUUUCAGCCGGCUUUUUGCCAAGAAGGAGAUGCGAAUUUUGAUGGUGGGUCUUGAUGCAGCCGGUAAGACUACCAUCUUGUAUAAGCUCAAGCUUGGCGAGAUUGUCACCACUAUUCCCACCAUCGGAUUUAACGUGGAGACUGUGGAAUAUAAGAACAUCAGUUUCACUGUGUGGGAUGUUGGUGGUCAGGAUAAGAUUCGUCCCUUGUGGAGGCAUUACUUCCAGAAUACACAGGGUCUCAUCUUCGUAGUUGACAGCAAUGACAGAGACCGUGUUGUUGAGGCUAGGGAUGAAUUGCACAGGAUGUUGAACGAGGAUGAGCUGCGUGAUGCAGUGUUGCUUGUAUUUGCAAACAAGCAGGAUCUUCCAAACGCAAUGAAUGCUGCUGAAAUAACUGAUAAGCUUGGUCUCCAUUCCCUUCGACAGCGUCACUGGUACAUCCAGAGCACCUGUGCUACCUCCGGUGAGGGGCUUUAUGAGGGUCUGGAUUGGCUUUCCAACAACAUAGCAAACAAGGCCUGAAGCCAUUAAAAAGAUUUCUGCAAUAUGUGAAAUUCUGGAUGCAGGGGUGAAUAUUAUCUAGUCUUUUUAUUUUUUCCUCUCCUUUUCCCCUCGCUUUUCAUCUGAGACAGUUGGAUUGUUGUUAUGCAAUUUCUUUUGGUGAUGAGCAUUUUAGUUUAGGGACCUUAUGGUUAUAUUGUAACUAAAAACUGGUUGGUUGGAUUUGUAGCUUUUGGGUGCUCUGCUUAUGGUUGUAAUCAAAGCUAAUUUUGUGUAUCUUUGCAAUUGUUUUAAUUACAUUUUUUGGGCCUUAUUCUUCUUUUA